AAAUAUUUCAAUGUUCAUAGAAUUCGCCUUAAAACUUUUUAUUAAUUUCUGUCGAACAGUAAGUGUUAAUAUAUUUAAAGAAGCUUAUUGCCAGGAAAAACUCAAAGAUCACAUUUUAAACGGCUUCAUCAUUGCAAUAUGGCACUGUAAAUAAUUGUUUGGCGCUGUCGGAACUGAAGUAUUGCGUGUACUACUCGAGAGGUGUGGUGUUUUUGCUGUGAAUUUCUGUUAUUAGACAAUAAAGACCAUCGGAUUUUCGUGCUGUGAAGUUCGCAAUGUCUUCGGGGAGACCAAUUAAAUGUGUUGUGGUCGGAGACGGAACGGUGGGAAAAACGUGUAUGCUGAUAUCUUAUACAACAGACAGCUUUCCUGGAGAAUACGUGCCCACCGUGUUUGAUAACUAUUCUGCACCUAUGGUUGUGGAUGGUAUUCCAGUCAGUUUAGGAUUAUGGGACACUGCUGGCCAAGAAGAUUAUGACAGAUUGAGGCCAUUAUCUUAUCCUCAGACAGACGUAUUUUUAAUUUGCUUUAGUGUGACAAGUCCUUCUUCCUUUGAGAAUGUCACUUCAAAAUGGUACCCAGAGAUAAAACACCACUGUCCAGAUGCACCAAUGAUAUUAGUUGGAACCAAAAUUGAUCUCCGUGACGAUCGUGAAACUCUGACAGCUCUUGCAGAGCAAGGCCUGUCACCUAUUAAGAGGGAACAGGGACAGAAAUUAGCAAAUAAGAUCAGAGCAGUAAAAUACAUGGAAUGCUCAGCUCUAACACAGCGUGGACUCAAACAGGUAUUUGAUGAGGCAGUCCGUGCUGUAUUACGACCAGAACCUCAGAAAAGACGCCAAAGAAAAUGUGCUAUACUGUAAAAAUUAAGAACAAAAGAACUAUAUAUACAGAAGUGUGUAACUCGAUUACACUUGAGUCACUGAAGUCUGCCACUGGAAGACUGCCUCUUCAUCCAGCACCUGCAUUUUAAGAAUAUGUGAAGAGUAUGACUGAAUUAUAUGACCAGUGGGACAAAAAAACCAUUGUGUUCAGAAACAACUUUUUGGUUUAUACAAGUGAUUUGUAUUUGCAAAACUUGAACUGCUUAGACUAAAGUUUUAUUUUUGCUGUUUUACAGGGUGAUCUUCUCUGUAGCUCAGGAAUUUUAAAGUGAAUGUAAUACUUAUAGGUUAGUGAAAACUGUUUGAAACGCAAAACUACAAGCUUUGCAUGUUCAUUAAUUUUCUCUCUUUUUUUUUUGUGCUCUAUUCCUUUUUGUAUGGGUGAAGAAGAGUGAUGUAUAGCUGUUACAAGGAGUAGUAAAUCAUUAUUUACAUAAAUGAAUUACUGUGCCUCACACCAGCAUCAAGAUUGUGACAAAUAAAUUUCCACAAUAACUUGUGUAAUGUUUCAACUACUACUUUAAACUAGAUGAUUGAAGGCAGUAUUUAAGUGAUAGGUGAUCACUGCUGUUGUAUAGUUACAGAAAUUUUGUAAAGAACGUGUGUUUGAUAUGCCACUGGCAGUUCUUUUCUCCAAUUACAGUAAGUUCUUUAUGAACCAGAUCCCAUUGUUUUCAUGAUGGAUCACUCUUUUGGAUGGCUUACAUUACAGAUUACAUUAUCAUCAUGAAAGUCGUAUUUUUUCUUACUAAGCUUGUUAAUCGCAGAUAAGAGUGACAAUAGAUCUCACAGUUUGUAUUCUCUUUAAACCCUUUGCAUGAGAUGUUCAAUAAUAAAUUUCUCAGUUCCAUUUUUACGCAAUGGGACUUGAUGUUUACCACUGUUUGCCGUCCGUGAUCACUGUACCUAGUAUGGCACCCAAAUUGAUUAGAGUUCACAUUAUUUCAAAUAAUCUUUUCAUGUGAUGGAAAUUUCUACCGUAAAUCAUAUAUCACAUUGGCAUUUGCGAGUUUUGUCACACAAUAUGUGACUCUGUGGCCAGUGCAAUAGAAACAUUAGCAGAAUCUCUCUUCAUGUGUUGUCUUCAUGAUAAUUGUCUGUGUCAUGCCUUAAUAUCUUUGUUUCUUACUUUUUAAAGUUUGAAUCAUAUUGUCAAACAAUUGAAGAAAUUUGCGCAACAUCAAAGAUGGAAGGAAUAGAGGAACAUAUGUGACCUCUUUUCAUGGAGUCAUAAUAAUAGUAGGUCUUCUAAAGUUUAGGAACAUAAACAGUGUGGCAAUGAAAGUAUUCCAAGAAAUUUUAUGUACCUAAUGUUUUGAAUUUCUUUACUUUUGUUAUUGAAGACUUCAUUGUUGAAGUAGUAAAGAAAACCUUGUGGCUGAAUUAUUAUUGUAUUGUAGUUAUUGAAGACAAAGAUCUGUAACUGUUUGUAGUGUCAUACCUUUGUAUAAAUAAAGAUGAAUCUCCUUGUGUAUGCUGCAGUAGCGUAAAUUCAUCAAAAAUAUUUUUCAGUAAUGUUUUUACAAUUACUUUUUAAACAGUAGUGAUCAUGUAUUAAGUUGUGUAUAGCACUAUUUAAACUCUAAUGGGUGAUCAACAUCAGAACAAAAAGUAUUAUGAAAUAUUUGGAAAGUGUAAGAAUGUUUGUGAUCAUGUAUGGACAGUUACCUUCAUUAUAUGUGCUGUUAAAAAAAACUUUUCUUUUCAUGUUGAUGCUUGUUUUUUGGUAAACUUUUCCAGUAAAAAAAUUAUGCUUUUUUCAUUCUUUUAACACAAAUUUGGGAUAUCACUGAUGUUAACUUUUUUUUGAACAAUAAAUAUAAAUGUAAAUGUAAAAGUGAUCUUGCAGGUUAUAUGCAGAAAUGAAAACUAAAGUCUCAGGUCUUGGAAAGAAGGCCCCUUUCAUUCAAAUUGAAAUUUUUGAAUAAAAUUCCUACGUAGUUUCUUUUCAUUUUGUUUCCUGUAUGAUGAUUUUUAUGAAAUAAAAUGUCAUUCAGUAUAUUUCAAGUUCCCAAAAUCUUGUUGCAGUUUCAACAAUGCUUAACUUCCUUGAAUACAAAAUAGAAAAUUCAGCUUACAUUUCUUCCAUGUAUGGAAGAAAUCCAUUGUAUGGAUUUCCUUUUACAUGGCUCUCUGAUUUUUGUGAGCUUUUUGUGCUAUGUUAAUUUUAUAUAUAUAUGUCACACACACUUUUUUUUUUUUGUUAAGUAAGAAGUAAACAAUGGAAAGUCCAGUAUAGGGUAGGAAUAAUAAUAAUGGAAAGGAUAGAUUGCAGCUUACCACUUAGAGGAGAUGUUGAUUUGCAGACAGGCGCACGAAUAAUAGAAAAAUUUAAUCUUUUGGGCAAAGUCCUUCCUCAGAAGCAGAAUUCUCACACAAUCAAGCAGCAGCAGCAGCAACAACAAGAACAACAACAAGUGCUGCCCGUGAGAAUGUGGAGAUACAUGGAGGGGAGAUAUAGCAUUGGCUGGGGUUGUAGUGGGGGAGGAGAAAAGAGAAGAAAGUAGAAAAGAGGAAAGGACUUUGUAGGCACAUUGGUAGGAUAGAAAGUGAAUGUGUGUACUGUAGCAGGAGUAGGAAAGGGGAUAGGGAGGUGGAGGAUAGGGACUAGCCAAGGUUGAAGCCGUGGGGGUUACAGGAACAAACCAUAUGUUGUAAGGAUAUUUUCCACCUGCGCAAUUUAGAAAAGCUGGUGUUGAUGGGAAGAACCAGAUGCACAGGCUUUGAAACAAUCAUUAGUGACUAGCAUCUUCCCCCCAUCCCUACCCUGCUAUCCCUCCCCCUCCCUGCCCCACAACCCAUCCUUACUUGCACCACCCCCCUAGCAGAUUGCUACUUACAUCAGAUGCAGUUGUAGCUGGGCCCUAGUGGCCAGAGACAGUACCAUGUGUCUGAAUAGUUGAGUGAAUGUUAAGAAUUCUACUUCUGGGGCAGGACUUCGUCCAAAAGCAUAAAUGUAUUUAGUAUUCUUUUCACUGUGCCUGUGUGCAACUCAUCUAUGUGGUAAGCAGCACUCUGUCUUUUCCAUUGUUAUUGUAACAAGUAAAUUAUUCACUGUCCAUGGAUUGUGAAACUGUUAAUAUGUAAAAUAUAAAUAACGUUUGAAAGGUGCAUCGCUGUGCUGUUCUUAAACAGCUAAGUUUUGUGUUCAGGUGGUAGGAGUGUUACUGCUGAAAUAAAUAAAAUGAAGAAGGGAUACAGUGCACCUUAUCUCAUAAAUAAUGCGGCUAACAAUGUCUGAUGUGAAAAAGUCUAAAGUUUCUUGGAACAUCUUGUCGUGCAUAACAACUAGGUUUUGAAUUUACACUGUUUCUGCCAUGACAACCUCUAACGACUGUAUCCCUCCAGUUUGUGAGAACUUGUUGUGAGACACGAUUUUAGCCCACUCUGCUUAGAUACACUUUAUUAAUAUUGAGGAAUCUUUCAUGCUGUGAAUGUCUUUUCUGAGACUUGUUUGUCAAUACUUUUCAUAUUUCUGUUUUAUAGUACACAUUACAAUUUUGUUAGUACAAAGUGCAUGUAAAGAUAUUUGUAUUGUCAUUCUCCGUUGAGUCUUGCCAGAUUGCAAAUCUUGAUUUUCAUGCUCAUGAGCCAUUCUUGUUGCUAUCCAUAAUCACAAAUUGACAUUAGCUACAAUAUGUCCACCUCAUGAAAGGAAUGGUCUCAGUAUCAUUAAAGUCUUUAAGUUACACCAUAUAAUUCACAUAAACUGUUUUUGAAGACUUGUCAACAUUACUCCUCAUGUCUGCUGUCUCCAAGCCACUCUGUUGUUAUUGAAUACUAUUAUGUUAUUCUGUGAGAGAUGUAUUGAAUUAUAUAUCAUACAUUUGAAACUGUGUAUUGUAGCUUAUUUGUUGUAAGAAAAUUUGUUCAUUUCCCUAUUGCAAAUGGUUGAGAAUGCUGCUAUGAAGUAGGUUAUGGUGUAUAUUUGAUACUGUUUCUUACCUUUCCUAACAUAACUAUUGGGGACAUAAAUGUGUGUGUAGUUUAUUUUUUUCCAUACAACAUUGUAAUUUUUGUAUACAAGAAACCAGAACUAUAACAUAAUCUGGAGGUGCUCUGUUUCGUGCAUUAGCAGGGUAAUUGGCGACAAUUCCAUUUGUGCUGUAGUUUAUGUGGACUCUGUCUUUAAUAAUAGCAUUUGCGUUUUUGAGUACUUGUGGCCUUAAAAAAAACUCAAUGCAUUUAUCCAAGUGUACAUGACACUGAAAAAAAUAUUGAUUUUAGUAUUAUAAUCCACCUAGGCAAGAAUGAAGUAAGAAAGUAUUUGAUCUUACUUCGUGAACAUUAUAUUCUGAGGCAGCUGUCUUGAAUCAGUAAUAAGAGUACUAAAAGUGUGCCUGUUACUAAUACAGAAAUAAUUCUUGAGGUGUAAGCAAAACUCUGGAAAAUGUUCAAAAAGGGCUACCCAAAGAUUGAGAAUAUUACCAGGAAAUGUAAGCCUGUCAUGUGACUGAUUCUGUGUUUUCAUUGCCUUAUGAAAGCAUUUACGUAAACUCUUGAAACGCUUUGUGCCAUAGGGCAUAUAAAAAGAAGUCAUUUGUAAUUGAUAAUUCAUCUGCAAACCUUUACCUGUGUACUUCAGAACACACUUAAUAUUGAGAUUAUGGAACAGAUAUUGUCAUUCAUAUAAAAAACUGUUUUUGUGUUUUCUUUGCACUAAUAUCUUGGCAUAUUUGUUGAAAUUUAUGCUAAAAUCUUGGCUAUUGUAAUAACAGUGCUAUUUAACCAAAGUCGUAAUGCCAGACAUGGUUGCUGGUGCAUUUUUAAUAUUCUAGUCAGAGAUAAUUUGCAAGAUAUAUUCUGUAGUGAUAUUUAUCUAGUUUGUGAUUUUUUAAAAGAGGGAGUUGUUUUAAGGUUUGUCAUACUAUAUUAAUAUUUUUUUAUUAUUUAAGCUUCGGCUUUCAUUAUGUAGUGUUUUGUACUCAAGGCCAGAAGAAGAAAGUGAUGAAUGUUGUACAUUUACUUUCAUAAAUUUUAUAUGAAACCUUGAGAUAAUAGUUAUUUGUCUGACAUAUUUAUAACAUACAACUGUAUUUAGUUUGUGAUGUGUUAAAGCAAAAAGAACUAGCAGUCACAAGCAGCACAAAGUGUAAUUAUUUUCUUUGUAAUUGUAUGUGUAUGUAAAAAAAAAAAAUAGUUACAGCACAAAAUUUAAUUAGACUGAAGGGCCAUUGUUUUUGUUUGUGAUGACUUUACUUCUUAGUGGAUGGUGUUUUUAUGGAGAAUAGAAAAUCUGUUUCAGUGUAUAAUAUCUUAAAUAUGAAAAUUUGCCAGCUCUGUUCCAAAAACAUUGAGAUAGGAAGAAAAGAGCAUUUAAACUCAAUUGUAUGGAGGAGUAACCAUUCAUUUUGUUCAGCAAGUGACACAGUUUGACAGAGGGUGGGCCUCAUUGUGGAGUUAAGAGGAGGAGGAGGAGGAGAUUAGUGUUUAACGUCCCGUCGACAACGAGGUCAUUAGAGACGGGUGGAGUUAAGACAUUUUCUUUAUGUCAGUAGCUCAUAUUAUCUGUAAUUGUAUGUAAUUGACCAAGUUUUUCCAGUUUCCAGUUGGUGGUGCACUAAUGUUUGUGAAUGUCUGUAAAAAGUGUCCCUUAAACUAAUAUUUAUUUCAGAAUAUUGAAAUUUGAGGAGUAUAAAGACAGGAUUUGGCCCUAACACUCAACUUACUUCUGUUAAUUGUUUCUGAGCCUUGUGUGGUUCAUUCUGAAUGGAGCAAAGGACCCCCAUGUGCAUCAACCAAGCUUAUUCUUUUACUGUAAUAUGAGAUGAUUAUUUCAUAACUAAAAUAAUAGUAAAUUCAGACAUCUAAUCUUUUCCAUUGUAGUGUUUGUGGUUAAUGUGCUUCUUGCUUAAUUUAAAAACAAAUUUGAUGGCUCACUCAAGUGGUCUGAAAAUUGCCUGUUUGACUUUUAUUCUGUGGUGUCUAGAAUCAAAUUGAUCUGUUAAUUUAUGGCUGCCUUUCUGCUCUUAUUGUACACUGUAAAUAUGCUAUAGAGAAUUUUGUAAUACAUAUAUCCUGAUCCCAGUUGACAUGUGUUUGCAGUAAUUUGAUAGGAAUCUGAAGGACAGGAAAAAUGCCGAGCAUACUGUACAGCUAAAAUCACUCCAUUUUCUGUUAUUGGGAAUGAAAUCUUUGUUCUUUAUAUGGGAACAUAAAAUGUCAGUUCUUCAAUUAUCAGGGGUAUUUAAAUUUUCAAAUAUAUUUCCCAGUAAAAUAGACAGCAUCACAGUUGCUGCCUCACGUUCUAUUUGCUAUCCCAAUUAGAUGGAGUUUGAUUUUUCAUUCGUCAGUAAAUGAUGGUCUGCCAGUUGCAACUAGCAUAUUUUUAUAAUUCCUUUCUGUUGCCUUUGUAUUGAGGCAUAACAUUACUCUUUUUGUGUGAUCAACUAUAUAAUUGCUACAAUAAUCAGUUCUAUAAUGCUGUUAAUUUUUGAGUGAAGAUGAAGAUCAAACUGUUUUCCUUCGCAUGCAUCAAAUGGAAACUGGAUAUAGACGUGAUUGUCCCCUUUGCAAUAAACCCUGUUUUUCCUUAUAGUUAAUUCAUGUUCUGAAAGUGCCACAGACAUAGGCAAUGGCUCUAUGGAAUACCUAUGUAGAAAAUAUAAGUCCUCUCAGUUAAACUUUUCAGAUGUUGUUUCUCUGAAAGUAAAAUGACUGUUCUGAGUCAUCACUGAUAUUAUAUAUAUAUGUAUAUUAAGUUUUGCCAAAUUAUUUUGUAUGAUUAAGAAAUAAAAUUUAAAAAGUUAUA